AUGGGGGUGUUUUACUGCACUUACCAUGCUCUUUGGUCAAACUCGUCUCUUCGAUGCUACCCCGCACCACACUGUGGAUCAUAUUUUGACUUGUUAAUUGUUGCUUUCCACAGCUGCAUGAUAUGCCUCGUGGUGUGCACUCCGUUUCUCAUGCAUUCUCUUGUUACCGUCAUCGGUGCUAGCCACAGCCUUCAAUGCAGGAAGCAUUGCUUGUCAUCGUCGUAUUCGUUGUCGGCCCUGUACGUGUGUGUGCUUGCUUGUCUGGACUCCGGAUCUGGUCUUCUGCGGAAUCGCGAUAAUGCUACGCAUCGCGAGGCCUAA